GGAGGCGGGCGGCGGAGAUAAGAGCGCGCGGGGCCGCACGCCGCUCUGUGUACACAGCCGCCGGCCGGACCGCUCGGCGCAGGCGGGACGCGUCCUCCGCGGGUGCUCCCAGUCCUCGUCCUCGGCGUCCUCCUCGUCCUCCGCCGCGGCCUCCCGGGAGUCCGCCUAGCCGAGUCCGCACCGGGCGGGGUCUGCUCCUCGGCGGCGCCACCUCGGCCCUCAGCAUGCUGCGCUCGGCGGCCGCCUGGCUCCUGCUCGGGCUCAGCCUCGGGGUCCCCCGGCUGUGCAGAGGCGAUCCUUGUGACCCGAACCCUUGCGAGAACGGGGGCAUCUGUUUGUCCAGGCUGACCGAUGAGUCGUUUUCCUGUGAGUGCCCAGACGGCUUCGUGGACCCCACCUGCUCUAGUGUUGUGGAGGUUGCAUCAGAUGAAGAAGAGCCAACUUCAGCAGGUCCCUGCGUCCCUAACCCAUGCCAUAAUGGGGGAACCUGUGAGAUCAGCGAAGCUUACCGAGGGGACACCUUCAUAGGCUACGUUUGUAAGUGUCCCCGAGGAUUCAACGGGAUUCACUGUCAGCACAACAUAAAUGAAUGUGAAGCUGAGCCUUGCAAAAAUGGUGGAAUAUGCACAGACCUGGUCGCCAAUUAUUCCUGUGAGUGCCCAGGAGAAUUUAUGGGAAGAAACUGUCAAUAUAAAUGUUCAGGCCCAUUGGGAAUUGAAGGUGGAAUCAUAUCAAAUCAGCAAAUCACAGCCUCAUCUACCCACCGAGCUCUUUUUGGACUCCAGAAAUGGUACCCCUACUAUGCACGUCUUAAUAAGAAGGGACUGAUAAAUGCCUGGACGGCUGCAGAAAAUGACAGAUGGCCAUGGAUUCAGAUAAAUUUACAAAGGAAAAUGCGAGUGACUGGUGUGAUUACUCAAGGAGCGAAGAGGAUUGGGAGCCCAGAGUAUAUAAAAUCCUACAAAAUCGCCCACAGCAACGACGGGAAGACAUGGACCGUUUACAAAGCGAAAGGGACCAAGGAAGACAGGGUGUUCCGUGGAAAUGUUGACAACAACACACCCUAUGCUAACUCCUUCACACCGCCCAUCAAAGCUCAGUACGUGAGGCUCUAUCCCCAAGUGUGCCGGAGGCACUGCACCUUGCGAAUGGAACUGCUUGGCUGUGAGCUAUCAGGCUGCUCAGAGCCCCUGGGAAUGAAGUCAGGACACAUACAAGACUAUCAGAUCACUGCCUCCAGUGUCUUCAGGACGCUCAACAUGGACAUGUUCACCUGGGAACCAAGGAAGGCCCGGCUGGACAAGCAAGGCAAGGUGAAUGCUUGGACCUCCGGCCACAACGACCAGUCCCAGUGGUUGCAGGUGGACCUCCUUGUCCCUACCAAAGUGACCGGCAUAAUCACACAAGGAGCUAAAGAUUUUGGUCAUGUACAGUUUGUCGGGUCGUACAAACUAGCCUACAGCAAUGACGGGGAGCGCUGGACCGUGUACCAGGAUGAAAAGCAAAGGAAAGAUAAGGUUUUCCAGGGCAAUUUCGACAAUGACACCCACAGAAAAAAUGUCAUCGAGCCCCCCAUCUAUGCACGACACAUAAGAAUCCUCCCCUGGUCGUGGUACGGGAGGAUCACGCUGCGAUCGGAGCUGCUGGGCUGCACGGAAGAGGAAUGAGAAACCCGCACACCCCACAACCUCUCCUCUGUUCCCCAGAAAGCGUCUCCGUGGGAAGAACCGUGCGGAUCCUACGGAAGAACCGUAGGACACUGAAUGGUUGUUUUUGUUUUUUUUAUGAAAAGUGCGCAGAUUAUGGUAGGCCACUAACUGUCCUUUAGGAACCCUAAACCUGCCUUUUCAGUGAUUUGAUUUUUAGGGUUCAACUCUCUUAAGUAACAUCACAUUAACUGUGAAUUCCUUUUUUCAUUGUUUUCUGAAUUAUUCACAUUGGGUGAGAUAUGGUAGGGAAAGGAAGUAUCCUUUUUAUAGCAAAGGUUUAAAAAAAAACCUCGUAGUUAUCAAAUAAAAGAAGAAUUGAUAGAGCUUUUACAAGAAAUGGUUAAUUCUUAUUAAAAAUACUGCAAUGUUAGCAAUAAGUUUUUUUAAUGACUUUGCAUUACCUUGUUUCCCUGUGCCUAACGCUCAGUGUUUAUAACAGAAUUUUGAAGAAGAAUCUGUGAUAUGCAGUACUAAUUAAUACUAUAAUUCUAAUUUUACUUCCAUUAUUUCUAAUUAGAGAUUUAUGAUUUCUUUUUCCUUUUGACUCCCGUCUGUAUUCUUUACUUUGCUUAUUGCCUGAAUUAGUCAGUAUUUUUCCAAUUGCAGUUCUUCCUAUUAUUUGCCUAAAGGGAGUGUUGUGUUCAUUUAUAUCUAUAGACUAUGAUUGCAUAUCAGCAGACCAAUCCAUAUUUAAUGUCAAUUAAAUAUGUUUUAUUCUUGAGGAAAACUGUACCUAUGUAAUUCCCAAAUGCCUCCUUUCUGAAGAAUCCCUUUUUGUCGUUUCACUGUGAGAAACGACAAAAAGUAUUGUCCCUUUAAAAAUUGUAAGUCUUUGAUAGCAUUUACUUAGGUUUGUAUUUACUAUGAAAUAGCAGAAUCAUGAAUUCUUUGUCCAUUUCAAGAGCAUCUGGCAAACUAAUAUGAACACAGUGCUACAUCACUUGGCCGAACAUAUUCAUCUUCCCACAUUUCCUGGGAAACCAAGAUUCUGUCGCUAUUUGAAACUGGUGACGGUUUCCCAGGAAAGCACAUUGUGCAGUUAUUUGUAACAAGCGAUGUAUUUACUAAUGACAAUGUUCUAAACCAUUCUCAAGAUGAAAAUUGAUUUCUCUUUAUUUUACCUCAAAGGUCCUGAAAAAGUAAGCAAUUAUCCUAACAAUUUGUUAUUGAUAAUGGAAGUUUCAUUGACACGUCUCUCAAAUUAAAGCUCACCCUGCCUCCAUAAAAGUCCUCAACCUCUAAAUUAUAAGCUUUACAAGUAUUUAUUUUACAAGGCUUAGACACAGAAUUAUUGGAAUUUUAGAUUAAGGGUCCCAGAAAAGAAAGGCCGGUAUGUGUACGAAAUGUUAAGGUCCUGAGCAAUGCAGGUAAGUGUUUUUUUCUUUAAUACUUGUGCUACAUCACAAAAGCCACUAGACUGUUAAUGUCCCAUUUGUCCAUGUGUUAAUACCAUUUCUUAAUGAUGUGUAUAUGCAGUGGUCUUCAAGCAUAGUGAGGAAUCUAAAGAGAAAGCCAAUCACACUGAGGUGGAAAUAAGAGGGAACUAGCUGGUCCAGUCACACAAGACUCCCAAGCUCACGGAUUUUCUAAUUCAGGUUCUUACAAUAAAACUGUGGACUGUAAGCCCUGCUCAGUUUUCAACAUCUCUCAGAGUGAAAUCGCUAUGUCUUCAGUAUUAUCAUUUGUAGUUAACUUUAAAGUCAGGAAUGCAAAAUAUUUUUGAGUGACUACAGCUAAACUCAUGUUAUGCAGUUACUGAAAUUCAGAAAUACACACUUAGAGUACAGCCAGUGGUUCUUAUUUCUUUGGGGAUUUAGAUUUCUGAAUGUUUUUCUUUGCACAUUAUGCAAGAUUUUUGUUUUAAGAUUAUAUUUUAAAUAUUAUGAAUAGUACUUUGUGAUAAUUUGCAUUUCCAAGACUAUUCAUGGUUUUGUGUGAGGUUUUGAAUUUUUUAUAUUGAUAGCUAUUAAAAAGAAGUUGGUGAAAAUUAUAUUUGUUACUUUUAGAAAGGCACUGAAAUACUUUCUCUUGCUUGUCCAUUUACUCUCUGUGUUAUAUACUGUUCACAAUAUAGUGUGUCCAAUGGAAUAUUUGUCCCCUGAUGCCUAAAAUUAACAACAGCAAAGAGCCUCCCACGUGUGGAAAUGUUCCUAAUUAUUGUGAAAUAGACUCUGUGUUGCUUGUGUCAACGACAUUAUAGUGAAGCAAAUUUAUUUUAUUUUCAUUCUCACUGAAAUAAAUCUCAUAAAAAGCAAACGAGAAUUACCUAACCUUCACUAUAUUAACUAUAAUGUGUUCAUUUUAUCAUUUCUGAGACUAAAAAAUCCAGCCAUCUCCAUUUUAUCGAUGUCCCAUGACAGCAUUAAUCACAGUCACUAACUGCAUUUAAAGUUGACUUUCUCUUUCUAAAAGACUUCAUAAAGAUUGGUGUGAAUUUUGAAGACUUGGGGUUCUAAUGAUUGUAUCUUUGCGAGUCAACAAACUAUGAAAUGUAAUACUGAAUGCUGGCUUCUGAAAGGUCAGUAGGUUCAAAAAUAACCGAGACACAAUAACCUUUGCAAAUUUUCAAGCUGUGUAAUAUCCUAAUGUUGUUUUAUUUUUCUUUGUAUAUAUACUGAAAUCACGUAGGAUGUUGUAAAGUCAGUAUGACCUUGUCUAGUCUUUAAACUUAAAAUAAACUUUUGAAAAUCUGGGAUACUUUUCAAGCAGUUAUAAUUAAAAAUGUUUGUAAGAAUA